AUGAAGUUCGAUCGAAAAUUUCUCAAUACUAUUCAAUCAUUAUUACCGGUUCAAAUAUUUCUUUGCUAUUGUUUUGUUAUUAGUAGUUUAAUUGUGAAUUUUGCUCAACUUCUAAUAUGUAUUUUUAUUUGGCCAUUUAGUAAACAAAUAUAUCGACGAAUAAAUUAUUAUCUAGGAACAUUAUUAUGGAGUCAAUUAACUUUUCUGUAUUCAUGGUGGGCUGAUUCUAAUGUAACAGUUUAUGUUGAUCCACAAGAUUUAAAACAUCUUCAACAUGAAUAUUCCAUUAUACUUGUUAAUCAUCGAUAUGAAAUUGAUUGGCUUCUUGGAUUAGUAGUUGUACAAGAACUUGCUUUACUUGGAGGUUUAAAAAUUGUUGGAAAACGUUCACUUAGUUUAAUACCACUUCUUGGUUGGUCAUGGUUUUUUUCUGAAUCAAUUUUUUUACGUCGUAUUUGGGAAAGUGAUAAGAAAGUAUUAGAACAUCAUAUUCGACAACUUCUUAAUGGUUAUCCAGAUAAUUAUUAUUUUAGUUUUUUGAUGGCUUGUGAAGGUACACGAUUUACAGAACCAAAACGAUUAGAAAGUAUGAAAUAUGCACGAGAGAAAAAUUUACCAGAAUUAAAAUAUCAUAUAUUACCACGAACAAGAGUACCAGGUAUUUAUAAUUUUAUGCUUGGCUUUUCAAAGGAUGGUGCUUCACCAAUAUUUCGUACAUUACUCAAAGGACAUUCGUGUAAAGCUCAACUUUAUAUCAAACGAGUUCCUACAUCACAAAUUCCAUAUGAAGAUGAUGCAACAUGUGGUGAAUGGGUACAUAAACUUUUUCAAGAAAAGGAUCGUAUUUAUGAUCAUUUUAUUCAACAUGAUAAUUUUGAUGGUCUUGGUGUACCAGAAGUACCUGUUGUUCGAAAUUAUUCUGAUCUUUUAAUUGAAAUUUUUUGGAUUGUUACUAUUGGUAUUCCUUCAUUGAUUUGGUUUGGUAAAUUUAUCUUUCAUAGUACAUUAUUUGGAAAAAUCAUAUUUGCAUUGAUUAUUCUCAUGGUUUAUGUGAUUGUACAAUUAAUGAUUAAUAUGUCGUCUUGUUUCUUUUAUUGUAUUAUUAAUUCAUUAAAAAUGUUCUGUCCUGAUGAAGAACUUAUUGAAGAAGAUGAUGCAUCAAGUCCAUUUAAUCUUGUCAUGACGUUUAUUUUAACACCACUUCUUGUUAGUCGACGAGUUAAACGAAGUGCAGCAUUAGUACGACAAAAAUUAGGUACUGGUGUUAGACAUACAAUGUUGAAAUCAAUACAUGGUCUAUCAUCAACUGCAAAACGAAUAGCAAGAAUGAAAGAUUUCGUUAAAAAACCAAGAAAUUUAUUAAAGAAACCAAAAGCACCAUCAAAAAUAUCAAUUUAUAAAUUAUUACCACUUAGAUUAAUCUCACGUGUAAUGGGUUGGAUAAGUCGUCUUUAUUUACCUGUAUGGCUUCGUCCAUUAAUCUUUUAUUUUUAUAUAAAAAUAUUCUCAUGUAAUCCUCAUGAAAUGUAUAAUGAAGAUCUCAAAUCUUAUUGUACAAUAUCAGAAUUUUUUCGUCGUAAAAUAAAAAUGGAAUUACGUCCGAUAGAUAAACAAUCUCCAAUUGUAUCAACAUGUGAUGGUCAUGUUUUAACAUGUGGUAAAGUAUCUCGUGGUCUUAUUGAACAAGUUAAAGGUAUAACAUAUACUGCAUCUUCAUUUCUUGGUGUUCCAUUAACGGCUGGUUUAAUGAAAUUCCAACAACAAAAUAAAACAAGAUCUAAUUCGAAUUAUGAUUAUGAUGAUGCACAUUCAUAUGCUGAAAGUUUACUUAGAUAUCGUAGUCAUGCACUUUAUUAUGCAGUUAUUUAUCUUGCUCCUGGAGAUUAUCAUCGAUUUCAUUCACCAACAGAAUGGCAAAUAAGUUGGCGUUGUCAUUAUAUUGGUCAUUUAUUUUCUGUAAAUCCAAAAGUUGCUAAUUGGCUUCAGAAUUUAUUUUGUUUAAAUGAAAGAGCAGCUUAUUAUGAUAAACCCUUUCAAACAAUUCGAAAUUCAAAUGAAAUUUUACUUAAACGUGCUGAUAAUUUUGGUGACUUUAAUUUUGGUUCUACUGUUGUACUUGUUUUUGAAGCACCUGACAAUCUUGUUUUUAAUGUUAAACCUGGUGAUCCAAUUAAACUUGGUCAAUCAUUAUGUGAUCUUGAUAGACAAAAUGAUAUUGAUGUACAAGAUAUAAAACAAGAUGGUAAUACAUCAUCAACUCUUUCAACUGAAGAAACUCAAAGUUCAAAUGAAGAAGAUGAAAAUCUUAAUAUUGAGAAUGAAGAACAAAAUAUUGAUCGAGAAUUACUUAUUGAUACAGUUGCACUUGAUGCAGCUAUUGUCGAUGCUGAUGCUAUUGCUAAUACUGAUGUUAUUACUGAUCAAGAAGUCAAAUUGAAUAUUACUGAUGAAUAA